AGUUGACUGGUAGGUAUUUACCGGGCAUGCGCACCGCGGUGCGCCAGCUGAUUGCUGGCAAGAAGAUGAAGAGUAACCCAACGUUCUCCGAUUAGACCCAAAGUAACGAACUUCAUUGGCAGCGUGUCUGUAUUUCUACGUAUUAACAAUGGACUCUCCUGAUAUUGAGGGUGCCACUUCAAAAACACCUGAGGGUAAAAAUACAGAGGACUCGGUAGAAUUUGAGAAGAAACAAGUUAACCUCAGCUUUGGACUUGAUUUAUCUGAUGAUGCCAUACUGAGGGAAGGCCCUUCAAGUAGUAAUCUCUCUCUUUCACUAAUAUUUGAAAGAAGGGCACUAUCUAAGACUUUCAAGUUGACUCCAGUUCUUCAAGAGCCCAAAAAGGAUAUUGUAAAGGCUUCAGACUCCAAAGAGAAAGAGGUACUGUUAGACCUCACAACACCUCAACAGGGCAUAACUGUUAACCACGGAACAAGUUGUCCAGAACGUCCAGUUAAGAAUCAUAAAUUGGUGCUUCCAAGUGCAGAAAAAUCUUGCCGUCAUCUUUUCACAGAAGAGUCUUGCCACAUUACACUUGACAGUGAUUUUGAACAAGGAAAACAGGAGGAACUUGGCCAAGCAAGCUACAGGAAGCAUGAAAGAGAAAGUAAAGAGAAGGUUAAGGAGACUGAUGUGUGUGAUGAAGAAAAUUUGGGGAAAACUGCCAAACCAGAAGAUGAAAAUCAGUCAUCUUUUUCAUGUACACUCUCUACAUGUUCAAAGUCAAACUGUGAUGUGACUUCUUGCUCAUCAAGUCCUUGUUUAUCAUCUCCAAAUCUCUCAAAGAUCAGAGGAAUCAAACGAACUAUUGAGUCGAGCUGCUCAGAUGUUGAAAUCCAAGUAAAUGGAGAUCAUAAUUCCCAAACUUCUGUACUUGAGGAUGAAGAAUUGGAAUCUCAUAAUCAGGAGGGUGAUGAUGUGUUCAUCAGUCCAUCUGUAUCUCAGAAACCUCAAGUCAUCAGUGACACAGCUAAUAAAAUAGUGAAUAAUGUUGUAUCGAGCACAGACGGUACUCCUACCAAUUGGACUUUGGUGAGUGGUGUGAGUCCACUUCCAUCCAGCGAUCCAAGUCAUUUACAGCAGUACUUGAUGCACAGAAUCCACCACCACCACCACCACCAUCAUUGCCACCACCACCACCAUGGCCACCACCACCACCACCAUGGCCACCAUCAUCACCACCAUUGGCAUCAGAAAAAUAAGGAAAAUAAUUGUGACGUGGGUAAUUCCAUCAAUGCAAAACUUCCAGAAAACUUGAAUGAAGAUGGACCAGUGUUAACAAGUACGCCAAUUCGCCUGAAAGCUGCUGUUAAUAAUUUGGAUGUGUCUUCAAUUAAGAAUCGUAAGAGUGAGGAUGAAGUUGUAGGUGAUUUUGUCAUUUCGUCUGAAUUGCAGGUUUCCGAUAUCUCGUCUAGGUCAAGUGCCUAUGCCAGUGAUGAUGAGGAGAAUUCUGGUAUUUUUCAGCAAAGGAAUAUUGAUGAAAAAAAUCACCCAGUGAAGAGGAUGCUUGCCAUAUAUCAUUACUCUGAAGAUGAAUCAUCAGAUAAAAAGAUGAAGGUUUCUGAUUUAGACCUCAGCAAUUAUAAAAAGAAGUUUGCUGGACAAACCCCAUAUGUUCGACGUCUAACCAAGGAAGAAGUAGAAUUGUUACAUUCCACACCAGAAAACUUUUCAGAUGAAGUUUGGUACAAGUCUCCCAGCCCACUUGAAAGUUUGCCAGGUACAUCUUAGUCACAUGUUCUUAGUCAAGUGCUGGCAUCCCAGGACUUCAAAAGCAUCCAUAGUCGUCUUAAUCAAAUGGUGUGGUGAGGGACAUGUCUUUUAAGCUAUGGCAGUGAUAUAUUUAAAGGAAAUUCAAUUCUUUUGCCUUAAAAAAUCUUGGUAUCAUCAUUUUUCGUUUAGCAAAGCUACGGCAGUGAUAUACGUACUUAAAGGAAAUUCAGUUGUUUUGCCUUAAAAAAUCUUUUAUCAUUUUUCAUCAAGCAAAACUAUGGCAGUGAUUUACUUAAAUGAAAUUCAGUUCUUUUGCCUUGAAAAAUCUUUGUAUCAUAAUUUUUCAUAUAGUACCACAGUGUGAGUCACAGUUUAAUCUUUGUGAAGAAAUGAAGAACACAUUUUAAGUCAAAUUUCUACCUCAUUUUGAUUUGCUGACCCCAUAAAUACAUAUAUGACUAAAAAGUUCUUUCAACUUGAUCAUGCAUUACUCAGUUGAGCACAAAAUUACAGAAAAAAAUAUUUUUGCUGUGCUUACUGAGACUGGACAUCAUCAUACAGCAAUUUCUUCUUUUAGAGAUUUCUAAUGCUUAAGUGGAUAGUGUGCUUAGGCAGUUCAUGUGUCUCAAGGUCUAUGCCUGGAAAAUAAUGGAGUUGAUUUUGUCCCUUGACCCACAGCUAACAGUCAUUUUCUGUCUCAUGUUCCCAAUUAUACUUAAAAAUCUUUCUUGAGAAAUGUAGAGAUUUUUUUAUCAUUAAAAUAUUUUAGAUAACAUUGAUGUCAUUUCUUACUGCAAACAUUUUAACCCAUCCCUUACUAUAUAGUAUAGCAUCUGAAGCAUCAAAUACAUAAAUCAAAUAUCUGGAAAAUGUGAUCAGUGCCCUUUUCCCCAAAUACAAAAAUUUCAGAAAUUAAAUAGAAACGUAAAGCUGGUAUCAUCAGUGUGUAAUAAUCAAAGGGAAUGUGACCAGGGAAAAACAUUGAAAGAAAAUUUGAAUCAUGUUUGCAAAUAGAAUUUGUGUGUGUCAUAAAAGGAGCUUCCGGUGCUAAUUUCUGUGAAACUACUGUGUGAUAAUUUUGGACCCCUGGCAAGCAGCAAAUACAGUCGCCUUUGGAACACAAUGUUGUCCAACAGUAUUUGCUUCCAAAUAGGUGUUGGGUCUAGUUGUGUACUGACGAAGUUAAGUGGUGAAAGUACUAAGCAGUUGUAGUUUGAUAUUCCUUUAGUAGAUUGUAUUUUUUCCCAUGGGAGAAUUGGUUCCCAUGGUAUGUUCAUCUUUUAUUGUACUGAAGGGUAUGUUGAUUUAUUGAAAGAUAUUUGUAUAUUCAUUGAUGAGGUAUGUUUUUAUUCUGUGAAAUUUAGUAACUGUACUCUAAUUACAUGUUGAUUUACUGCCUGUUUUAUACUUAGUUCUUUGCAAUGGAUACUUCAAAGGAUAUGUACAACAGUCAUGUGUUGAGAAAAUCACAAGUUGCUUUCCUCUAAUUCAAGUUACGCGGAAGAAUGAUCCUUCCAAGUAGGUCACAUUUUUUAAGUAUGGUCCCUAGUAUUUGUAAUUUUAAGAAAUUUUACUUUAUUUUGAUUAGGUUAGCAAACAUAUUUACUAUUGUAUUCAGUAAGCUUUGCAUGGCUUUCUGAUUUGAUAAAGGAUAAUAUUACAUUGUGUAAGAAAGUGAUCUGUGAAAUACUUAAAGUAAAAGUAGUCAGGGCAAAGUGCUUGAAAUAUUUUUAGGUAAUUUUUGUUUGCUCGGUAUGGUACCAGCAAAACUAAGUCAUUUCAUAGCAGAACACACAUCUUUUUUUUAACAAGUUGAGUUUUUAGUGGUUGUAUUGAAGUUUAUAUUUCAGUAGUGAUGUGAUAGUGAUGUGAAUUUCAACCUUUCUCUUAUUUUGCGGUUUUUUCCUUCUAAAGGUACUCGAUUCUUUUAUUGGGAUCCAUAGCUCUCAUUUACUGUGUAAAGCACUAAAAAAUAAAAAUGGUUUUUAAAGAAAAUAUGAAAUUAAUAGUUAUUAAGAUAAACGUAUGAUUUAUUGGCAACAUAUCUGUUUGUAUCUAUUCAUUUAUUUAUUGGUAAUAUUUAAGAUAGUGGAUUAUGUAAGUUUAACAUUUUUAUUUACUAUACAGUAUAGAUAUUAUUCAUCUAUGGGUGUUUAUACAGUAUACUUCUGUGAAUAGGUUCAUUAGUCAUCAGCUACUUGCUCUGUUCAAGUAAAUUAAGGCACCCCUAAAUUGAGCAAUUGCAAACAUAGCCUUUGUAGACCUCUCUUUUUGUAAAAGUACUGGAGUUGAUUAUGCUGAGACUUCUUAUCAAAUUAUUCCAAAUUAGACCUAGGAGUGAUUACAGAAACAUGUAAGACAAAUGUAACUACUCUGAUGUGCUGAAGAAUACUAUUUGUUAUUUAAAAACCCAAUUAGAAAAGGUAAGAGAAGUU